AUGGCACGGACCCUCUCGGACAUAAUCCCCGAUGAUGUCUCUACACAGAUCGCUAUGCAGGACAUCCAUCAGUACAGGAGUACAGAUCAUUAUCGCAGUACCAAUGGUUCCAGCAUACCUACUCGAACAUCCCCUCCCCUUCAAUACGAUCGCGUCACCAUCUCUCGUCCAAAUACUACCACAACAUCGGCAGCGACACCAUCAUCGGCAUCCUCAUCCGACUCUCAGGAACAACCCAACAAACGCCGCUCGGGCCUGUUCUCCCCGUUCAAGCCUCUCUUCCCUCCUCCCCCUCCCUCUCCAGAGGUCGAGACCAAGUCACCCAAGCGCAAGAGCACACCCAAGAAGGCGACAUCAAAGAAGAGGACACCCAAGAAGCGCCAGCGUCAAGAGUUCUCGGUUGUAGAUGACAGUGAUCCGAUCGAGGAUGGGGACUCGGAUGGAGAUUGGCAAGCGUUCUGGGAGGCGGGCAAGAAGGAUAUCGCCGAGGGUAGCGCUCCUAAGCGCCAGAGAGUAAUAGCAUCACCCCCUACUACCCCGAGUCGGCCAAUCCCCAUGGCCACUACCAACCGCCCAGUCUUGAAGCCACCGGAACCACUCGGACCCAAGUUGCAUCAAAUCUCUCGAGAGGAGGUCAAGCAAAAAGAUCCAGUUGUCAGGUCCAGCACGGUCGUGCGACAGCCUACACCUGUUCAGCAGCCCACCUCUGUCAUACUGCCUACCCCUGUUCAAAAGCCAACUCUUGUUCAACAACCGAAACCUAUCCAAAAGACAGUCCUGGUCCAACUGCCAGCUCCUCUUGCAGCCCCGUCUACUUCAAGAUCCGUAUCGUCGCCCGCAGAACAUACGAUCCCCCUCAACCCACAGGUGGUCUCGUUCGCGUCAAAACUGACGCCCAUCAAUGCCUUGUCCCCGAACGAGCCUCAGAGAAAGUACAACAUUAUGGGCCUUAUCCAGUUGAUCUCGCCAGUGCAAGAUGGAGUGCGAGGAUUCGGAGGAAAGCCUACUUCCAAAGCAGGCCUGACGAUCUCCGACAAGGGAUCUAUCCACUUGAACAUUACUCUUUGGGGUGACAAGGGCAAGUGGGUCGAGUCUUGCAGAGUGGGCGAUGUCGUCCUCCUCACAGAUCUGAUGGCCAAGGAGUACAGAAGAAAGACUGUUGCCAGCACACGGUGGGCAUCGAUGAUGUUUCGGAUGGAUGGUGCUGCCCUGACCAAGCUUCGUGGCGACUCUGUCAUUGAAGGUCACCUUGCCGAUCUGGUCAAGAUGCGAAAGACGCUGGGCCACCAUCUGCUCGAUGAUGACCAGUAUAUCGCACGGGACCCUUCGUUCUACCAGACCUUGAACGCCAGUAUUUUCUGGCAACAAGGUGCGCUUGCGGGGGCAUACUUGCCCACCGGAUCAGACUCUGAUCCAGAUGCUAAUGAAGCAAUGUCAGAAGACGAAGCUGUAGAGACUGGAGUUGAGCCCGCGGUCAAGAUGGAGCCUGAAGAUGAUAUGAAGAUUGCGGUCAAGCUUGAGCCAGAGGACAAAAUGGUGAGCAAGCUCAAGGUUGACCAUGAGAUCGAGAAGGUGAAGAAGGUCAAGAUUGAGCCUGGGGCCGUUGAUGAGACUGCGGUUGGAGACGAGUCUACCAGCGAAACUGAGGUUGUCUCUGGUCCGACCAGAGGAGACACUCUUCGAGGUGUUGUGGUAUAUCACAUGCUGAACGUGGACAGAGACGACAGCAAGGGUUGGGAGAUUGGCGUUGUCCACUUGACCAAGAACCGACUCGUCAAGGUUCAAACGUCCUCCUAUACUUCCUGGAUCGACAUCCUGAGGCCGCAGCGGUACAUGGAGUUUUAUGGACAAUAUAGCCAAGAGGAUGGCGUGUUGCGUAUUAACGGAUCCACAAGAGAGCCGACUGUCAUUCAAGAAAAAGGCCCUGACGUACCUACAUGUUCACAGAUGUUUGACUCUGUCAAGAAUGUCAUUGACAGCCGCUUCAUGGGGAUCGCGUCGGUGGACGGGUACAUUGACGGCGUUACUUUUCCUGAGGAUAUCACGAACCAGUUCUGGGCGAAAGACAGUGUCUUCAGCAUUCCGCUCAUUGUUUGCAGCAACUGCAGCAUGAAAAUGGAGCCGCUACAGGAGGACAUGAGGAGAUUUGUCUGUGUAGACUGUCACUCGGAUCCUGACAAGAAAGAGACGAGCAAGCCAAAGAUGUGUUACCAUGACUUCCACUUUUGGCUCAGAGAUAAGCCCACACUUGGCAGCACCCACCAGCCCCAGGCCGAGACGAUUCGAGUUUCCUGCAAGGGCGAUGUCUGUCAGCAGGUAUUUCCGACGAUUCCAGCUGCUGAGUGGUUCGAGAGCAUUGAAAAGUACCAGGAGUGCAGGCAGGCUUGGAUAGCAUGGAUGCAGAUGCUGGCUGGUAAAACUGGCGGAGAAGGGGAGUCCAACAAGUCAGUAUUGAAUACGCGACAGAGACGCGUUCGUGUUGAGGUCGGAGUUGGCAAAGGCCGGAUGGGAAAAGCUGUUCGCGUCAAGUAUUUGCACCCCUUGGCCGGCUGA